AUGUGGAACACUAAUUUUGUCUUUUGGCAGAUUCAUAUAGCCAAUAGAGAUGCAAACUCUUCGAUUGCAAAACUAAAUAAGAAAAGGGGAUGGUGGACACCUCCAUUAUUCACAGCUAGUAUUGCCUAUGCAAAGUAUUUCUUUCGACAUACUUUAAGACAAAAUACUAUUACUCAAGCUCGAAGAAAUAUCUCUCAACACUAUGAUUUGAGCAAUGAGCUAUUUUCUCUUUUCUUGGAUGACACAAUGACAUACUCAUGCGCUAUCUUUAAGACAGAAGAUGAAGAUUUAAGGGUUGCACAACUGAGAAAAAUUUCUCUUCUUAUAGAAAAGGCAAGAAUUGAUAAGAACCAUCAUGUCCUAGACAUUGGGUGUGGCUGGGGAAGUCUUGCUAUUGAACUUGUCAAACAAACUGGAUGUCACUGUACUGCCAUUACUUUGUCUAAAGAACAACUAAAAUAUGCCGAACAGAAAGUUAAAGUUCUUGGCCUUCAGGAUAACAUCAAAUUUCAUCUUUGUGAUUAUCGACAAUUGCCAAAUACUCACAAAUAUGAUAGAAUUAUAUCAUGCGGGCUGCUGGAAUCUGUUGGACACGAAUUUAUGGAAGAUUUUUUUGGUUCAUGUGAAUCCGUAUUAGUAGAAAAUGGUCUUCUAGUUCUACAGUUCAUAUCGAUGCCAGAUGAUCGUUAUGAUGAGCAUCGACUAAGUUCAGAUUUUGUGAGGGAAUAUAUAUUUCCAGGAGGAUGUCUUCCAUCACUAAGUAGGGUAACAACUGCCAUGGCUAAAGCAUCUAGAUUUUGGAAGAUACUUGAACUCGGUUUUGAUGAAAGUUUUAUAAGGACUUGGGAAUAUUAUUUUGAUUAUUGUGCUGCUGGUUUUAAAUCUCGCAUUAUCGGAGAUUAUCAGAUAGUAUUUUCAAGGGCUGGUAAUGUUACAACAUUCAACAAUCCAUACAAAGGAAUACCUUCAGCAAAUUCACUUUCUUAA